AAAGCGUGCUCUUUUUCCUCGUCUAAGCUUGAGACACAAAUUAAUUUAAAAAAAACAGCUGAUCCGUGGGUCUUGUCAUUAUUAGGUUAUAUUUUUAUUUACAUUCCCAAUAAAUUAAAAGAUAUUAUUUAAACUGGUGUUAAGUGCUUUUUAUAAACUCUAUGAUGUCAUUUAAAAGCAGGAAAAUCACUUUAGUCCUUAACGGAGAUGUUGGACUUCCUCAGACUGUAGUAAUCCCAGAUGAAGCAAAUGAAUUCUAUGAUAAGGUAAUCUGUUCACUAACGCAAUUUGCAACCAUUAAAAAAGAAACCUUAAAACUCUAUUUGGAGGAUGGCAGUGAAAUUAUCAACAUUGACCUUAUAAGAAACAAAGAUAAAGUGUAUGUGUCAAAUGGUGAGAAUUUCAAAAAGGUCCAAACAAAUAAUGAGUGGAUCACCUUAAAUGUUGGAGGUAAAUACUUUACAACAUCAAAAAGAACCCUGACCUCAAAUGAACCUGACAGUAUGCUUGCCAGAAUGUUUUCAGACGAACAUAAUCUUCUUUCACCCAGCAGUCAGGACAAAAAUGGGGCCUACCUCAUAGACCGCAGUCCCAGAUAUUUUGAACCCAUUUUAAACUACCUUAGGUGUGGGCAGUUAGUUUACAAUAAAAAUAUAAACCCUGAAGGAAUCCUGGCUGAGGCAAGAUUCUUUGGAAUUGAAUCUCUUAUUCCAGUAUUAGAAUCGGCACUUAGUACCCCAACUGCAUCCAGAGACAAAGCUCCAUUAACUAGGAGAGAUGUUAUAGACUCAUUAAUUAGAAGUUCUAAUGCGACUGAAUUGAGAUACCAGGGGGUAAACUUGGAGGGUGCUGACCUCAGCAAGUUGGACUUAAGGUCGAUUAAUUUUAAAUAUGCCAAUAUGCAGGGUUGUAAUUUAACAGGAGCUAAUUUGAGCUGGUGCUGUUUGGAAAGGGCAGAUUUGUCACAUGCAAUUUUGGAUAAUGCUCAGUUACUUGGGGUAAAAGGACUCCGGGCAACAAUGGAAGGUGCUUCAAUGAGAAACUGCAAUUUCAAAGACCCCGCUGGGGCCAGAGCUAAUCUGGAAGGGGUCAAUCUGAAGGGCGCAUGUCUCGAGGAUAGCGACAUGGGCAGCGUGAAUUUACGAAUAGCCAACUGUAAAAAUGCCAAUCUGAAGAAUUGUGAUUUGAGGGCGGCCGUCCUGGCUGGAGCUGAUUUAGAGAACUGUGAUUUAUCAGGCAGUGAUUUGCAUGAGGCGAAUUUAAGAGGUGCUAAUUUAAAAGAUGCCGCCUUCGAGCUCAUGCUUACACCGUUGCAUAUGAGUCAGACUGUGCGUUAAUUUAAUAAUUUUUUCAGUAUUUGAAGUAUUUUAUACCCAAUUAUACAAUAUUGAUUCCAAUUAUACAUCCUUUAGAGAUUUCAUGUUUUGUAUUGUGUAUAGAUUAAUUGAUUAUAUAUUUAAUAUAUUUGUCCUCUAUAAUAAUGUAA